CCGUGUGUCACAGAAGCCCUGGCCCUUUUCACGUUAGCAUCGAGGAGGAAUAAACAGUCACUCCACCGGCUUCCUCAGCUACUAUUACGAGUUUUGGUUCGUGUAUCUUGUUCGGCAUUACAUAUUUAACCGGUGGCUGUUUUAGGUCAUCGUGAAAUGAAGAGUAGGUUGCCUUGUUUCUGGAGUUAGCUUGCGUCGUUGCUGCGCAUUGCAUAUUGUGAAAGUCGUUUUACUUACUAUUUACUGUAGUUACUGACUUCGAGAGUACUUUGAAUAUAGACUUGCUUCCGCUUAUGUUGUGGCUCUGCCUUCUCUGUGCUGACAGCAUACUGAAUCGCAACAACUGGGGGGGAAUAGUUUGAAUAGCUGUAUUGGAAGAAACGCCGGCUGCUCCGUGACAUUUCGGAUUCGAACCAACUGGCCUCUUGGUUCGUCUCCUCCUGUGACCCUCGCACAUCGUCGCUGUGGCUGGACUGACCCGGCGUCUGGUACAGAGCGUGAAAACAGUCGUUUCUGUCAGAGCAACUUUGUCAACACUCAGUGGCACACAGUCACCUUCCGCAACGAGGAUGCCUCAGACCAACAAGUCGAAAAACAGCAAAGCCUCGCAAUGUUUUGGAUCAGUAAAAGUGGGGGACCCAGUGACCCAGGAGGAGACGUCGGCCACUGGAGGACAAGGGGGCGAAGAUGACAACCAGGGAGACAGUGACAUCAUCAAGUCCCCCAGUGACCCCAAACAGUACAGAUACGUUGUCCUGGACAACGGGCUGCGAGCCCUGCUCAUCUCAGACUACAGUGGCUCCGCCAUGGAAUCUGAUGAGGAGGAAGAGGAGGAGGAGGAAGAAGAGGAAGAGGGGGAUGAGGAGGAAUCUGGAGAAGAAACAGAUGAAGAGGAGGAAGACGAUGAUGGUGACAUUGAGGAUGAAGAUGAGGAUGGAAGGAAGAAGAAGGGAAAUGCAGAGAAGCAGUCUGCAGCAGCUCUUUGCAUUGGCGUUGGCAGUUUCAGCGACCCCAGUGACCUUCCUGGCCUUGCCCACUUCCUAGAACACAUGGUGUUCAUGGGCAGCGAGAAGUACCCAUCAGAGAAUGGCUUUGAUGCUUUCCUGAAGAAGCACGGAGGGAGCGACAACGCCUCCACAGACUGCGAGAGGACCAUCUUCCAGUUUGACGUCCAGAGGAAGAGCUUCAAAGACGCUCUUGACAGGUGGGCCCAGUUCUUCAUUUGCCCCCUGAUGAUCCGGGAUGCCAUUGAUCGGGAGGUGGAGGCGGUUGACAGCGAGUACCAGCUGGCUAAGCCUUCAGACUCUCACAGAAAGGAGAUGCUGUUUGGCAGUCUUGCCAAACCGGGCCAUCCCAUGGGCAAGUUUUACUGGGGCAAUGCCGAGACACUGAAGCUGGAGCCAAAAAAGAAGAGCAUCAGCGUCUAUAAGCGUCUGCGUGCUUUCUGGAAGAAGCACUAUUCUGCCCACUACAUGACAUUGGCUGUCCAGUCAAAAGAGAAACUGGACACGUUGGAGGAGUGGGUGAGGGAGAUCUUCAGCAAGGUGCCAAACAACGGUCUACAGAAACCAGAUUUCUCCCACAUGUUGGAACCCUUUGACACACCGGCCUUCAACAAGCUCUACAGAGUGGUUCCGGUUGGGAAGGUUCACGCUUUGAAUAUCACAUGGGCUCUUCCUCCACAGGAGAAGCACUACAGAGUGAAGCCACUCCACUACCUCUCGUGUCUGAUUGGCCACGAAGGAGCAGGAAGCAUCCUCUCGCUGCUCAGGAAGAAGUGCUGGGCACUGGCUUUGUUCGGAGGCAACAGUGAAACCAACUUUGACCAAAACAGCACCUACUCCAUCUUCUCUAUUUCCAUCACCCUAACUGAUGAAGGCUUCCAGAACUUCUAUGAGGUGACUCACCUGGUGUUCCAAUAUGUGAAGAUGAUGCAGACACUUGGACCACAGCAAAGAAUAUAUGAGGAGAUUCAGAAGAUUGAAGCAAAUGAGUUUCACUAUCAGGAGCAGAAUGACCCCAUUGAGUAUGUGGAGGACAUUUGUGAGAACAUGCAGAUCUUCCCAAAAGAAGACUUCCUCACCGGAGAUCAGCUGAUGUUUGAGUACCGACCAGAAGUGAUCAGUGCUGCUACGUCCCUCCUCACCCCCAAGAGAGCAAACCUGAUGCUUCUGUCGCCUGAACAUGAGGGCAAGUGUCCUCUGAGGGAGAAGUGGUUUGGAACGCAGUACAGCGUGGAAGACAUUCAGCAGGAGUGGAUGGAUCGCUGGACUGGAAACCUCGAGCUGAACCCUGACCUCCACCUCCCAGCAGAGAACAGAUUCAUCGCCACUGACUUCACCCUGAAGGCCUCUGAUGGCACUGACACAGACUAUCCUGUCCGGAUCAUGGACAGCGAGAGAGGCUGUCUGUGGUACAGGAAGGACAACAAGUUCAAAACACCAAAAGCCCACAUCAGGUUCCACAUCAUCUCUCCUGUGAUCCAGCUUUCUGCCAAGAACGUGGUUCUGUUUGACCUGCUGGUGAACAUCCUGGGCCACAACUUGGCAGAGCCGGCGUAUGAGGCAGAACUGGCCCAGCUGGAGUACAAGCUGGUGGCUGGGGAGCACGGCCUGGUCAUCAAAGUCAAAGGGUUCAACCACAAACUACCUCUGCUCUUCCACCUCAUCAUCGAUCACCUGGCCGACUUCUCCGCCUCUGCUGACGUCUUCAGCAUGUUCGCCGAGCAGCUGAAGAAAACCUACUUCAACAUCCUCAUUAAACCCGAGAAGCUCAGCAAGGACGUGCGUUUGCUGAUCCUGGAGCACUCGCGCUGGUCCAUGGUGGAGAAGUACCAGGCUCUGUCGGCGGGCCUGACUCGUGAUGACCUGAUGGAGUUCAGCCGCUGCUUCAGGGCAGAGCUGUACGCCGAGGGACUGGUGCAGGGAAACUUUACCAGCUCUGAGUCAGCCGCUCUUCUGCAGUAUGUCAUGGACAAGUUGCUCUUCUCGGUGCUGCCAGAGAAGGUGCCAGUCAUGUUCAGGGUGGUGGAGCUCCCGCUGCAGCACCACAUCUGUAAAGUCAAGUCACUCAAUAAAGGCGAUGCCAACUCCGAGGUCACGGUGUAUUACCAGUCUGGCCCCAAGUCCUUGAGGGAGCACGCACUAGUAGAACUGUUGGUGAUGCACAUGGAGGAGCCCUGCUUUGACUUCCUCCGGACCAAAGAGACUCUGGGGUACCAUGUCUACCCCACCUGUCGAAACACCUCAGGUAUCCUGGGCUUCUCUGUCACCGUGGAAACUCAGGCCACCAAGUUUAAUACCGAGGUGGUGGAGUUGAAGAUCGAGGAGUUCUUGCUGUCGUUCGGGAAGAUGUUGAGUAAGCUGUCUGACGAGGCGUUCAACACUCAGGUGACAGCUUUAGUGAAGCUGAAGGAGUGUGAGGAUACGCACCUCGGAGAGGAAGUGGACCGGAACUGGGCCGAGGUGUUGACACAACAGUAUGUGUUCGACAGGCUCAGCAGAGAGAUUGAUGCUCUGAAGGGGAUGACCCGGUCCGACCUGGUCACAUGGUACGAGGAGCAUCGGGGACAGAGCUGCAGGAAACUCAGCGUGCAUGUGGUGGGCUUCGGUCGUGAAGAGAAUGACGAGGACACUGCCUCAGACAAAGGCGAGCUGGAGGAGCUGAGUGGCUCCUCGUACGGAGAGGUUUCCAAACUCACCUUCCUGCCAGCCUCCUCCAAGCUGCCGGACGCCGCCUCCAUCACGGACAUCGCCGCCUUCAUCAAAGACCUGCCGCUCUUCCCGUACCACAAGAUACUAUAAAGAGACGGCGGCAUCGACGUCGCCCCCCACUGAGCUACAUUCGGGUGCUUUAUUAACACUGCUGCCACUUCAAGGACAGAGGUAAAGGAAGGUUGAAGCUGCUGGGAAUGAUAAUGGUUUCCUUUUAGCCUCAUAAUUACUGUCUCCAACACCGUCAAGUUACAUGAAGACAUCAAAGGCCGUGUCCACAUUCUGUUUCUUUUUCGCUCAAAACCUUUGCUCUCUGUUCAACUGGCAUCACCUGGACACGUGGCUGAGAAGCCUGGAGCUGCAGUCAGGACCUCUGUUGGCAUCUUGGUGACUCCAGGUUUGACUCAGUUCUCCGCUAUUAUCUUGACAGUGUUUUAAAAUUUUUAAGAUGAAAUCAUGCGACUGUCGACGCACAUCUCUCCUCUCAUGUUUUCUCUGCUGAGCUGCUGCUGACACAAGAACGUUCAAUGCCAUCCGAGAGUGGCAUCCGUGACGCGCGACGUGUGAGUCACCGUGCUGGACUCAAAGCUGCUUCUGUGUGAAUCAACUAGAGAAUAAACGAUUACGACCAAAAACAGGCGUUUGCAUCAUCGUCCAGGCUGGAAUCCAGCCAGCAGUCCC